AUGGCAUCAAAAUUUGUCGAGACCACGGGCAAUUUUGUGGUGCGAUAUUGGCCCAAAUGCAACACUCCUCCCGUCGCCGCACGCUAUCUGAACGCCUCUAGCCACCCCAUCCGGCCCAAGAUCAUUCAUCUCUGCGGGCAUCGUGAUAAGGAAACAUUAUGGUGGCGUGUAUCGGUGACACAACUCCAACAGAGCAAGCGAGUGAUUCGCUCUUGGGCCGCACGCAGGGUGCGAAUCGCUUUUGAGCAGGCGUUGAAGCAGCAAGGGUUGGAUAAACUGGGGAAAGCCCUCGUUUCCGAUCCACCUUUGCAGCAAAAUGAUCUGAAAGGAACCAUGGAAGUCUACAUUCAAAAACCGUGUAUCGCACAGGACUUCGAGGCCAUUCAAAAGGAUGCAAGUCAUUCAAUAUCCUCUCUUUUGGCUCACCUAUCCACACCAAAACCAGCUCCUAGCAAAAAGCCACCAUCGAAAACUGAACAUCGCGGAAAGCUUCGCGAAAAUCUUGAGAAUCCUUGA